CUUACAAUGGCCCGGUCUAUUUCAUACUCAUUUAAAAGACUUAUUGUGAGUUUUUUGGCUGUAACCUUAAUAUGCUUGUGGAGCAUGAAUUCCUCAAGAGUCGAUGAAAACUUUAGUGCACGGGAUUCUCAGGAAGUGGAAAAACUAUUUUAUGUCGAAUCCGGAAAGUGUAAAAUGCGUUAUGUGAAUCCCUUUAAUGCGGAGUUUUUGAAAAUCAAUCACCCAAAGGCAUUUAUACCGUGCACAAAUGAAAGUGAUCUUAUUUCUGUACACUACGAUAAAAUAUUGAAUCAAUAUGUGCUCCAUACAAAUGAGGAAGUACUACAUGAGCUCUCCGAGUCAAAAACGAAUGACUUUGCUUGUUUUUAUCAGAAAAUUAUUUAUGGUCAAUCAGCGGAGCAUUACGACGGGAAAGGUGUAAAAACAAAAAUCAGUCAGAAUCAUUUGGUGCCCUUGGAUGUCGAAGGGAUGUUGGUGGAGUGCAGGACAGCUGACGAAAUGAGAGUCCUUCAAAGAGAUGCCUUCGUGUUUGUGCAAUACAAGGAUCCACCACAGAAUGUGAAGCCAGUUAAAAAGGCCAGUGUUAUUAUGUACGGUAUAGAUACCGUCUCAAGGACCAAUCUUCGCCGCAUGAUGCCCAUGGUAUUCGAGUUCCUAAAGUCUCCGGGAUGGUACGAAAUGAUGGGCUACAAUAAGGUCGCGGAUAAUUCAUUUCCCAACAUAUUCGCUAUGCUCACUGGCUUUUCACCCGAGUCGGCAGAGACUCAAAUUUGUAACACGGAUGUUGAUGGAUGUUUGGAUAAAAUACCUUUUAUAUGGAAGGAUUUCAAGAAAGACGGUUAUUUGACGGCUUAUGCUGAAGAUGAGGAGCACUCGAAUACCUUCAAUUAUGCAAAGCCAGGCUUCGCAGUGAAGCCCACCGAUUAUUAUUUUCGACCUUUUCUAACCGCCCUGGAAAAUGAAACUUUUAUCCAAUAUUGCCCGGGUUGCGUAAUGAAAUAUUGUCUGGGGCGUCGACUUGCCAGCAGCUAUAUCUUCGAUUACUGCCGCCAGUUUAUGCAACGAUUCGUGGCCGAUCGACCUAUUUGGGGCAUGUUUUGGACGAAUCAUUACAGCCACGAUGAUUUAUUUAUGCUUUCGGCCAUGCAACACAAAAUCCUAGAAGAUCUGCUCAGUUUUGAAAAGGAUGGGGUUUUCGAGCAUACCAUAAUGAUAUUCUUCUCGGAUCACGGAGCUCGUUUCGGUCCCCUUAUGUACACGAAAGAAGCUUUUCUAGAGGAGCGUCUGCCCAUGAUGUUUAUUUACUUGCCACCCUGGUUCCGGAAGAAAUAUCCCCGCUAUGUGGAGGCUCUCGCCCAGAAUCAGAAUCGGUUGAGUUCCAACUUCGACCUGUACAAUACCUUGAAACACAUUAUAAACAUUGAAGGAUUGGUGGAGGAUACCAAGUGGUCCUACGACUGCCCCCAGUGUCAGUCGCUAUUCUACCCAUUGCCAGAAAGUCGAAGCUGCUCAGAGGCUGCCAUACCGGAGGCUUACUGUACUUGCCACAACUACGAGGAAAUCAAGGAAGAUCAAGGAACUUGGCGCUUGGCCAAUCUGGUUGUUGAUCGCAUGAACAAAUACCUUCAUUACCAUAAUCUGCAGAAUCUGUGUAGCAAUCUUACCCUGAGAGUAAUCAACAGCACCGAAGUAAGAAUGGAUGAUAAGGACGUCGAUCUAGCGAAUGGAAUGCGACACUACCAUACCAAAUUUCAGGUUCAUCAGAAUUUGGCUGAGUUCUUUGCCACCGUUCUGUACGAUAAGCAGACAGAAGAGCUCCAAAUGAAUGUGGAGCUCAUCAGUCGAACUAAUAUGUAUGGUACCGAUUCAGAGUGCGUUAACAAUAAGAUUCAAAAGUUAUAUUGCGUUUGCUUGUCAAAGCUGCGAGCUAUAAUAAAGUAAAAAUAUACUUGGAAGUUCAAU